AGGUGUACUAUAACUAGUUCGUCUCCUUUUCGUGUAAUUAUUUUCGCAUAAUGAUGGAGCCCACUGCCCUAGAUGGUAUUAUGUCGUCAUCGUCAUCAACAAGCAGUAAACAAGGAGGGGAUGCAAGUCAGAUAGUACAGCCGUCCUACCUUGUCAGGCUCGCUAGAGGCCUCUCUCGAAUGUACACCUACUACCUAGAGAAGACUACUAUCUGGACCAAGAGUCGUUGGUUGUCCUUCUUCAUCGCAUGUGCUUUAUAUGGUAUCAGGGUGUAUUUCCUUCAGGGUUUUUACAUCAUCACCUAUGGAUGGUCCAUCUACCUAUUAAAUCUGUUUAUAGGCUUUAUAUCCCCUCAAGUGGACGAGGAUAGCAACUCUCCAGUCCUUCCAACGCGAGACUCGGACGAAUUCAGGCCGUUCCAGCGUCGGUUACCAGAGUUCCUAUUCUGGAAGAGAGCAAUGCAAGCGACGUUAAUCUCCAUCGUGAUGACGUUCUUCCCCUUCUUCGAUCUACCUGUAUUCUGGCCUAUCCUAUUGGUGUACUUCAUAAUGCUAUUCACUCUGACUAUGAAGCAACAGAUAAAGCAUAUGAUAAAACACAGAUAUGUACCUUGGUCCCACGGGAAGAAAUCAUACAAGGGAAAGGAAAUGAAGUGAUUGCAGUGGCCAUCAGUUCAAGAGCAACGAAGGAGGGAAGGAGAAGAAGGCUGACCUAAUACCAACCGCUACCGGCAGGCACCAUUCUCUUACAUUUUCUGC